AAAUGCCUCUCCUAGGACCCCUCUACCUUAAAUCCUCUCCGCGUCUUAUUUUUCCCAAACUUGCGCCUGCAUUGGCUCCGCUGGAACGCCCCUGCCCCUGUGGGUGGAAAAUAGUUUACCCCACUCGCUGCCGGCCACCCUUUCCCCUACUCCCUGGAGGAAAAGCGGACGUUCCACCCAUUUCUGGGCUGGGGAGGGGUGCGGUGAAUCCUCGGAGCCUAUUUUACGACAAUGUGCGGCCGUGCGGCGCGGCUGACGGCAACGGCACACUGCUCUUGGAGAGGUCACUCCGGAGACGGCGUUGGUUUUGGGGUGUGGGGAUUGCUGGCAUUAUGUGGCGCGUCUGUGCUCGACGGGCCCAGAAUGCGGCCCCAAGGGCGGGGUUCGGGGUUCGGUGGGCGGCCUUGCGGGAGGACCCGGGAGCUCCGUGCUUGGCUCCGCGGGCUGGUGCGGGUCCGGCUUGUUGCAGUAGUGGGACCAUGGGGUAUGGCAGGGUCCGGGCACUCUGCGGCUGGAGCCCCAGCUCGAGGGACACACAGAGGGAUCGCCUCCUGCUGCAGCUUUUGGGAUCGUCCAGCCGCCGCUGGUAUAGCCUGCCCCCGCAUCAGAAGGUUCCGUUGCCCUCUCUUUCCCCCACAAUGCAGGCAGGCACCAUAGCCCGUUGGGAAAAAAAGGAAGGGGAAAAAAUCAAUGAGGGUGAACUAAUUGCAGAGGUUGAAACUGAUAAAGCCACUGUUGGGUUUGAGAGCCUGGAGGAGUGUUACAUGGCAAAGAUACUGGUUGCUGAAGGUACCAGAGAUGUUCCAGUUGGAGCGAUCAUCUGUAUCACAGUUGAAAAGCCUGAGGAUAUUGAGGCCUUUAAAAAUUACACAUUGGAUUCCUCAGCAGCACCUACCCCACAGGCAGCUACAGCACCAACCCCUGCUGCCCCUGCUUCUCCACCUACACCUUCUGCUCAGGCUCCCGGUAGCUCAUAUCCCACUCACAUGCAGGUGGUUCUUCCUGCCCUCUCUCCCACCAUGACCAUGGGCACAGUUCAGAGAUGGGAAAAAAAAGUGGGUGAGAAGCUAAGUGAAGGAGAUUUAUUGGCAGAGAUAGAGACUGACAAGGCCACUAUAGGUUUUGAAGUACAGGAAGAGGGUUACCUGGCAAAAAUCCUGAUCCCUGAAGGCACAAGAGAUGUCCCUUUAGGAACCCCACUUUGUAUCAUUGUAGAAAAAGAGGAAGAUAUACCAGCAUUUGCUGACUAUAGGCCAACUGAAGUAACUGAUUUAAAACCACAAGCACCACCAUCUACCCCACCUCCGGUGGCCCCUGUUCCUCCAACUCCCCAACCUGUAGCGCCUACACCUUCAGCCACCCGCCCAGCUGCUCCUGCUGGACCUAAGGGAAGGUUGUUUGUUAGCCCACUUGCAAAGAAACUGGCAGCAGAGAAAGGGAUUGAUCUUACACAAGUAAAAGGCACGGGACCAGAAGGCAGAAUCAUCAAGAAGGACAUCGACUCUUUUGUGCCUACUAAAGCUGCUCCUGCUCCAGCAGCUGCUGUGCCUGCCACGGCUCCAGGAGUGGCACCCGUUCCUACAGGUGUCUUCACAGACGUCCCCAUCAGCAACAUUCGUCGUGUUAUUGCACAGCGGUUAAUGCAGUCUAAGCAAACCAUACCUCAUUAUUACCUUUCCAUUGAUGUAAAUAUGGGAGAAGUUUUGUUGGUACGGAAAGAACUUAAUAAGAUGUUAGAAGGGAAAAGCAAAAUUUCUGUCAAUGACUUCAUCAUAAAAGCUUCAGCUUUGGCAUGUUUAAAAGUUCCAGAAGCAAAUUCUUCUUGGCUGGACACAGUUAUAAGACAAAACCAUGUUGUGGAUAUCAGUGUAGCAGUCAGUACCCCUGCAGGACUCAUUACACCAAUCGUAUUUAAUGCUCAUAUAAAAGGACUGGAAGCCAUUGCUAAUGAUGUUGUUUCUUUAGCAACCAAAGCACGAGAGGGUAAACUACAGCCUCAUGAGUUCCAGGGUGGCACUUUUACAAUCUCCAAUUUAGGAAUGUUUGGAAUUAAGAACUUCUCUGCUAUUAUUAACCCACCUCAAGCAUGUAUUUUGGCAGUUGGUGCUUCAGAAGAUAGGCUGGUUCCAGCAGAUAAUGAAAAAGGAUUUGAUGUGGCUAGCAUGAUGUCUGUUACACUCAGUUGUGAUCAUCGGGUUGUGGAUGGAGCAGUUGGAGCCCAGUGGCUUGCUGAGUUUAGAAAGUACCUUGAAAAACCUAUCACCAUGUUGUUAUAAUUAACCGAAGAAUUUCUAGACUCUCCCAGGUCACAAUGGUUCAUUCUUACCAUGAUAUAAAUAUGUUAUUACACAGGUGGUUCUUUUUAUUUUAAAGUUAACCAGUUGUUUUUGAGUCUGUCCAGAUAAGUUAUUUGUAAUGGGCAUUACUGAAUUUUUUAAAUGCCAAUUACACCCACAUAUUGUACACAUUUAAUGAACACCAGAUUUUGAACUGUGUAUUCCUAGUCAAGGGAAUAUGUGGCCUGGCCUUUUGGUGAUAAGUACUUCCAUUGGGAAAUGUAGAGCUAGAAUUGUGGUUCCCUGUUGAAACAGAUACAUAAAGGUAAUCUGGAUGAAACCUUGAGGUUUUGAAGUUUAAUUGCCUCAAAUGUUUUGCUCAUUUGAGAGAAAGAGAAGUCAAGGAAAAAAGAGAAGUCCAUUCUCUUUGGAGAAAGGCUCUGAAUUGAACUUGAUUUUGGAAUUUAACCCUAAUCUAAAUUUUUCUGUUAGAUGAUCCUGGUUUAUUAUGGAUGGGAAGGGUAGAGAACUUCAAGAAAAAUAAGUGAAAUUUUAAAAGUUAACAUUCUCUUAGACUUCUCCAACCAGCUGUCUGUCCUUUGUUUAUUUUUCUAUGAAUCCCAAAAUGGUUGUUUUGCCCCUUGAGAUGAAGAUAUAAAUAUAAACCGGCACUUGUUAUAAAAGAAUUUGUGUGGGUAUUUAUUUAAACAACUUACAUGCGUAAUUUUGGGAGAAUUUAAAAUUACCUCCAAAUAAAAGAAUAUGCUUAUAGAAUUUAACAGAAAGUAGAAAUUAUUCCUCAAUAAUUAACCGUUGGUUACUUGCAAAUGAACUUAAUUAUCAGAAUCUGUUACUCAAAUGACUUUGGAAAUCUGUUAUCAAGAAACUGUGGAGUAAGUGUACAUAUGUAAAAUAUGGUUUCUAGUGAGAUAUGUGCCAAAGUCCAUUUAUCACCAAGUCCUGUCUGAAGGGAAGAGGGGGAGAGAGAUUGCUAAGCAGUUGGGAGUGCUAAAAGAUUAGAAGCAAAGUGGUCAUUUCUACUUGGAUAAAGUAAAAAAUGUUCAGUGUGUACAAAGAAAGUGUUCUGUGUUUUUCCACUCGGUGUUGUCUCAUGUACAAUAAGAAAGUCCUAAAAGCCUAUUGGAAAGAAACAAAAUAAGUUGCUUGCUGCCUUAUCAGCCUAAAUAUUUUUUUCCAUUUUGUUACAAUUUGCCUUUCUUCUUAGGGGAGGGGGAGUGGAAGAGGUGAUAUUGUGAUAUUCAGGAUAAUAAAAAUGAAUUUGGCACGUUAUCCCAAUUCCAGACUUUCCAUUGAUGUGUUUUUAAUAAAUUAUUUGGAAUUGUUUAUGAUUAUUUAAAAUAAAUCUGACCAGUGUUUCCUUGUAUAUAUGUGGAGCGGUCCCCUGAAACUUAGGUCUUUCAGUGUUGAAUCUAUUUUUAAAUGUUCUUUAUUAAAUGCUGCAGAAGUGACACUGCAUAUAUUCCAGAAUAUUUCCCUUACUGUAUUAUGAAAACAGUACAGUACAUUAAAUUGAUUUUUCAGUAAUUAGUAAUGUUAGCUUGAAUUGAAGAUUGUGAAGGAGGAACAAGCUAAUCAGAAGGGACCAGCGGUGUGAGCCACACCUGGUUCAAAUACAUGAAACUUCAAAGAUAAUUCAUUUUUGGCAAAUGCUGAUGGCUCUGUUGUUCCCUUGAAAGAAAAUAAAAGGUUGUCUUCUAAUAAAAAUUAUUUGGAGUUAAAAAUUAAUCUGGGUAUAAUCCAAAUCUGGAUUCAGUCUAUUUCUCUUACCAGAACUGAAAAAAGUUAAAAAUUUUGGUUAAAAUUAUUUAAAAAUUAAACUAUAUGUUUUCAGUGUGUCUUGUCUAA